AGUAAUAAUAUAAUAUACGGAGUACAAUAUAUAUAUAUAUCCCAAUUCCGAUCCUUAUUAUUUCGACCUAUAUAUAUACUCAAUUCACUACGAUCGAGCAGCUAGUGUUUAUUCAUCGACUUCACUGAUCAUUAUUCAUCAACAACACCUUAUAAGAUGUGGGCACGAUUUAGAGGUCCAAAGUCGACAGUCAAAAAAGAUUGUAAACCCCUCAAUGUGAAUGAUGAGUAUGCUCAGCUAUCCAUGGAGGCUCGACAGCUACACCCAUUUAUGGUCUCUUCUUCUGAUCUUGAGCCCCACAAAGAAAAGAUAGCCACAAUUCUUGAUUCCAUAGAUACUCCGGGAAAAAGCUAUUCCCACCUAAAAUCUCUUUUGAAUGGUUAUUUCGAAAUCAGCACUGAAGCCGCCACCCUAUGUGACAGCCUUCUCAAGAGCAUCAACCAUGUCCAAUCCGACUAUAGACAUAUCCAAAAACUUCUUGUUGAUGAACGGUUGAGCUCGAACGACAUCUUAUCAGAGCUCCACUCCUUGAGUUUUCUUUUCGAUAACUCUAGAUUUACUUGGGUUCACAACUCCAUGUUACAAAACCAACAACGCUUAAGGUGUGGUAAUAAUAACACAAAUAAAUGGUGGUCUAGGAAAGUGGAGUUAGCGGCCAAGGGGAGCUAUAUAGUGAAGAGAGAUUUGGAGACGAUGAGUAGGCUCAUGAGGCAAAUACACGAUGAAAUUGAACAUAAUAAGGGUAUGAUAAAGUUGUGUAUGAAGAAGAGUGAGGACAAUAAUUUUUCUCUCCAAAUGCUUUUCAAGGCAUUCAAGAACAACAAUUAUGGUUUCGACAAAAAAGUGGAAGAGCUCCAACAACAUGUCUACUUGUGCCUCUUCACAAUCAAUCGGGUGAAGGUUUUGGUAAUCCGUGAGAUUCUUGAAUCUAAAUUAUAGAAUCACGUAUGAAUUUCAACAUAAAACACACAAAUACUAUACUCUUUUUUCUUUUUAAAAAAAUACUUUGUCCACGCUAUUUCUGGAAAUAUUGGCUUGUGGCCGGAUGGCGACAUGUAAUAUUGCAUAAACUAGAAUAUAGCGUAUAUGUAGUGAAUUGUAC